AUGUUAGCCUCUAUUGUGGGAGGUAGUGUGUUUAUUCUGACAGAGUCAACAAGAUAUUUAAAAUUGUGUAAGGUCAAGGUUACUGAAGGAAUUAUCACUAGUACAUCAAUAUUAAUUAAUGGUGAAGCAGUUCUACAUGCUGUUGACCUAGUCCAUGAGUAUCGUAUCCCUACAGGGUUACAUCUGAACUUGUCAGAAGGAUUACCUCUUACAGAAGCUACCUCACUACUUGGAGAAGAUGGGUGUUUGUUGGGGAAGCUUGGAAUCAGAGAACAAAACAAACUAAGAAACAUUGAUUUUAAACAGGUUGAUGAAGAGAUGCAGGCCCAGAUAGACAAGUUUGAACUGUUAAUGGGUGUCAAACCUUUCCAUGUAGAUGGCCACCAACAUGUCCAUUUGUUACCAGGCAUAAGUAAAGUAUUUAGUGAAGUGUUAGCAAGGAAUGGUAUCUAUGUAACCAGGUUACCUAUAGAAGAUAUCAGUGAGACAGAUCUACCAAACAAAGACUUUCUACAGACAGUUAUCAAUGAUUCACACUCCGCCAGACAAGUCUUUAACAGAUUUGGUAUUAAGUAUGCAGAAAGAUUUUUUGGUCUGGAUUCUUACGAAACAUCUGUGGAUUCAAUCAUAGAGAAAUUGGCAGACAUGUUAAAUGGUGGUAACCAUGGAGACACUUUCUGUGAAUUCAUGGUGCAUCCUGGGUAUAGAACAGAACAGGAAGGAGGAUGUGGUUGUGGUCCUGAUGAUUUCUCUCGGUCCCAUUAUAGAGAAAAUGAAUUAAAUUUAUUGUGUGAUAUAAAACUGAAGAAAUUCAUUGAAAAAUCAAAAUUCAAAUUAGUAAGUUAUGAGUCUUUGUUUUUAACAGAAGCAUUUAGUAUACGAAAAUGA